GUACCACAACGUCCACGACCGCGUUGCCACAUCCGUGGGUGUCCAUCGUCCAUCUCCCGCACAAGAACUGGAUGGAGGCACCGGCAUCGAAUUGAAGCCGUACGGUACUUAUUAGCCCGAGGCAAAGAUAGAUCAGUACACCGUACCACAGCAGAGAAGAUUGAGGUGCUCAGAGGUCGGAUGAACCAAGGAAGAAACUGCAAAAUUCGGUGACAGCCUCUAGCCAGUAAGAUCGAUCUAAUAAGAUGGCAGCAGACUUGGAUGAGCCCAUUCUGCAAGAAGUGGACUUGUAUGAUGGAGACCAAACUUGGAAAAUCAAAGGCGAAUUUUUGUUGGAUAGGCACGACGAGAAGUUUUUUAUCGCUGAGGAUGGAGUCGAAUAUUACGCCGACGAUUCUCAUUCAGGGCAGAAUGCUACUUUUGUGACGGAUGAAGAUGGGAUCAGGUUUUACCCCGAUGUCACUGCUACCUUGUGGUCUGCUCAUCACGCUGACGAUGAUGCAGGGGUUGCUACUACUACUAUUUUGCCGCUAGACCAGCGCGGUUCGGAAGACGAUGCUCUGGUACAGUAUGCUCAACAACUGAAACUGCAAGAAAUGAAUUCAUCCGAUGGACAGGCAAAUGACACGGAUGAAACCAGGAAACCCAAAAUGGCAUUCCCGCAAUCUACUUUACCAUCCCACGCAGAAGAAAAAACGCAAAGUGAUAAGCAACGUCAAGGUCGCGGUCGUGGCGAAACCCGCAGUCGAAGCCCCAACCCAACCAAUAGCAAUGGGAAAACCAGAUCCAGAAAAGAUAGCAAAGAGGCCCGAUCCACCUCUGCCAAACGGUCAGGAUCGCCCAAGAGAGACCGGAAAAGAGAGGAAUCACCCAAGGCACCUGAUGGAAAGUCGUCGAUUCCUGCAAAUCGCUCUAGGAGUCAAGACAAAUCAUCCAAGCGAAGUGAGAACGCCUCUAGUGGUGGGGAAGCCAGAGAAAAGUCUCCCACUCGGACACGUACCAAGAGUACUGAAAGAUCCAGCAGAUCUCCUACUAGAGCGGCCCCUCGAAGAACCCAGAGUGACCUUUCUGACGCAGCCCCAACUGCGGAGAAAGACAGGAGGAAGAAGAAGUCAGUUACGCCCCCUGGUAAGGCGCCUCCGGCACGAUCACAGAGCGAUGUUUCAGGCGGUGCAACAACAGAGCAAGACAUUAGAAAAAUAAAAAGGCCUGGUGGUCCCGGAAAGGCAUCUCUUCAUCGGUCCAAGAGCGACGGUUCGAGUGAACCUGUCUCCACGCCAGAGAGAGCUGCCAGACAGAGAAAGCCCGGUAGGACGCAAAGUGGUGAGGACGGUCCUGAUUCACCAUCGAGUUCGAGUGCCAGGGUGCAAGAGCGUUCAUCUAGGAGCCGAUCAAGAAGCCGGUCCAGAAAUGAAACCAGCGGCAACAUCAGCAAAAGCAACAACAGUUUAGCGCAAAGAACAAGACAAUCGGCUGGGGAUAUAACAGAAUCACAGGUUGGAAGGCCUCCCGAGCUGGACUCUUUGGAAUUUGACUUGGCGGUGGAGAAAGAGUCAACCAAGAGAGUGUCAGAAACCAAUCCACCUAUUGAAGGAGAAGGUUAUGCAAGUGAUGGCGACAAAGUCAAGACAAAGAGGUCGAUGUCGCCACAGAGAGAGUCCCCAGGUGAUGGCAUUAGUCGAAGAACUCGGUCGCCUAAAAAUAGUGGGAGCAACAGACCGACCAAGAGUCGAUCGCGGUCACCUGCUCGUGAGAGACGUGCCGCCGAUGGCGGUGAGGGGCGCGGAAGAAGUGUUAGUGCACCAAGAGAAAGGUCUCGGUCGCGAGACAAUUCCCCCCGUCGAGGUGGAGGCAGAUCACGCGCGGAACGGGAAAAUCGGCGCAAAGUGGCGCGGGAACAAUACACACAAGCUAUGGACCACUGCAAAAAGGCAGAGGAAGAAAGGCAGAAGCAAGUGGAGGCCGAAAAACAGGCGCUAGAAGAUGCGAUUAGAGCGGAGGCUACCAAACUCAGCGAACCAGUACCCGAACCAAAAGAGGACCUGACUCAUACUAUUUCCAAGGGGACGAAAGUAGUAGCUCAACAAUCCUUUAUGGGAAUUGCAAAAGCAGCUACUCUAGCCACGUCAGUUGCCAAGACGGCUGUGAACGCCACUGUGAGCACAGCCACGACCGCUGCCAAUGUUGGACUGGCCACAACUCAAAUUGCUGCUGAUGCCACUCUAGUGGUGGGGAAGACGGCUGCGAAUGUUGGAUUGAAAACCACAUAUGCUGCUGCAGAUGCUACAAUGAUGGCUGUUGGUAGCAUCGCGCGAGCCAACUCAUCAAGGAACUUACUCAAGGUUGAGAUGGAUGAGCCAGCCAAAAUGCUGCCAGAAAUGAGAGACUGACUCACCAGGAUGAAGCUAAUAGUGAUUAUGUCGCCACGGAGUUGGUCCAGGUAAAACCCGUACACUUUAGGCAGGCAAGCAGAAUGAAGAUAAAGCAAGCAAGCAAUCACUGCACCUGUUGUUGCUAAUUUCGUCAAUGACCGAUUCUCGGGUUGCAACGCGCUGCCGCAUUUUUGCUACACUUACAUGUACCGCUGCUUGACUCCAAUACGGUAUGGUAGUAGUAGCUGUGAGCUACAACGUAUUGAAUCGAAUCGAAUAUCCCAUCACUCGUAACAAGUGAGUGUCAGUCAAUAAAGUCAGGUCACUGCGAGCACACCUGGCGCUAGUCAAGGUUUGAGAACUGUUCUGAAGAUCAGCCUGUGGCUAAACUGGAUGAAUCUCUUCAAAAAGGUUCCCACCACUACUACAUAUUCAAAACAGCACUCCUCUACUUUACUCCACCACAUCGUCACAGCUAUCACAUUGACUUCUUCGCUUCCAGGGCGCCUCAAACGGCGUAUUUGGUCAAGAUUGUGUUCCACAGUGCGAAACAGGCGUAAUGGCAUGCAAACAGGAUCGUCCAGGACACCAAUGCAAAAGGCGUCCGUGGGGAAAAGACCAAAUAGUAAUGAACCCCCAUACGGUCUAGAGCCACCAAAUAAAAGUAUGAAUAGAAGAGGCAGAUUGCGAGUGCUACUGAAAAGUCGGCCUUGGUCAGUGCCCGUGCGGGACUUCCCCAGAUGCCGUUGAUGGCGGCGUAUAGAAUGUUGUAGACAUGCAACUGUCUCCACAAGGAGUUUCCAAAGAAUCGGCAGAAAGACGCUUGCUGGCUAGGUGUUUUCAUUUGUGCAUAAAUGCUGGGCCCAAUCGCGGCAUUCCACACUGCAAAGGUCAAAGUGGCUUGUACCAAGGUUGGAAAUCUGAGUUGUUCGCUGAGAUUCGUCCAUUCUGGCUUGAAGGGUACAGCAGCACAGAGACCAUGGCGCAGAGCCGUGAAAGUCCAAGACCAGACAGUGUACAUUCCCCAGGAGGUCCAUCCCAUGCCUGAGCAAAAGAUUCGAUAGAUAAUGAAUGAAGUCCAGGCAAAGCCAGCCACAUUGUAGUACCAAGAUGGAGUGUAUGCUUCCAUUGGUUGGAAGUUAGGGAAUGGUUCUUGGGCCAUUCCCUUGGUAUAUUCAUUGUAGACCCAUGCGGUCAAUACCCCCAGGUAUGCCAUACAGGCAGGAUGCCAAGGUCCAUAACGGAAUCUGAGUGGGACCCAGUCGAAGUAUCCCAUGAAAGAUCCCUGAGGCACAAGAACCCACGGCUUUCUCCAGUUGAAGAAAUCAGACAAGACAGAAGUCUUCAUGAAGAAAUUCCAGACUUCAUUGCAAUCCACAUUCUCAAAACUGGCAACAAUAUCCACUUCAUCGUGAUGGUCAGAGCUUGCGUUCUUGCUGCUGCUAUUGUCUUUUCUCAGCCCUUCGUCGUGGGAAGGAGUGGUUGCGAGGCUACCAGUGGAAGCAGUUACAACACACAUGCUUGUUUAGGUUGCUUGCAAUGGACAGGGUUUGUCUGGACUGUGUAGAUCUACGGUACCAGGUAGCAGCUAGAGGAUGGGUGGGCGGGCUUACAAGAGGUGGGUGUCAGCAAACUAUUGAGUAGGACAACUACUAGCUAGCUAGAAGCACCAGUAGAUUGACUUCAACGAAGAACAAAAAGGUGAUGUGAUGGGCGAGUGCUCGAAGGAAAGCAAAUUGUGAGCACUUGACACGGGCAUCGCCCAAUUUAUGACGCACUCUAUUUUGAGCGUUGGAGCAUGACAGAGGCAGACAUUAAAGGUAGUUGAGGUAAAUUGAG